AUGCUGGAUAUCAGUUCUGUUGACGGAGUCCACAGUCUGGACCAGGAGCCUGUAACGCAUAUAAAUCCGACUUCGACCUCUCACCCCGAAUCGGAGGAAGACAUAGAUCAUGAUGCAAUUCCCGGCCAUCCAUUGGGAGUCAAGCCUAGCGGCAAUGCCCUGCUUGCGACAGAGAACCUUCGGGACGCCAUUGGGAUUUUCAAUAUAUUGCCAGAUGAGCUGAUCCUCAUGCUACUGGAACACCUCGAUGGAUCUAGCCUGGUGCGCAUUGGACGCACUUGUAAAGCAUUCUAUGCUUUCACCCGCGCCGAAGAAUUGUGGAAGGCUCUGUUUAUCGCAUCUCCUCCCGCCAAUUUCACCUGGAAAGGAACAUGGCGCUCUAGCUUUCUGAACAUCCCCCCGGGCGAAGUGUGCAUUCUAGACUGUUCCAAUCUCUACUCCGAUGUCCUGCACCGGCCCUUCCACUGCGCCCAUAUCAGCCUCGAUCCCUACGUCAAUGGCAUCCCCGCCCGUAAUCAGAUUGCGCGGUUAUCCGAUCUCUCUUUUGAAGAAUUCAACGACAACUGGACUGGCACACCGUUCAUCCUUACCGAACCUGUGAAAGAAUGGCCCGUGUACAAGAAGUGGACCAUGGAUUCGUUGCUUUACGACUAUGGUGAGACCGUCUUCCGCGCAGAGGCCGUCGACUGGCCUUUCUACAGCUAUAUGGAGUACAUGAAGAACAACUCGGAUGAGAGCCCGCUAUAUCUUUUCGACCGGGCUUUUGUGUCGAAGAUGGGACUUAAGGUUGGCCCGCGGGAUCAGGAACCCGAAGCCGCCUAUUGGCCACUUGCCUGCUUUGGCGAGGACUUCUUCUCCGUGCUGGGAACCGACCGCCCAGACAGGCAGUGGUUGAUUGUCGGACCCGAACGCUCCGGUAGUACAUUUCACAAAGACCCCAAUGCCACCAGCGCAUGGAACGCGGUCAUCCGCGGCUCCAAGUACUGGAUCAUGUUCCCUUCCUCGUCCAAGCUCCCACCGCCGCCGGGGGUCUUCGUGUCAGAAGAUCAAAGUGAAGUGACCUCUCCGCUGAGCAUUGCAGAGUGGUUGUUCGGAUUCCACGCAGAAGCCCGUCGCACACCGGGUUGCAUUGAGGGUAUCUGCAAGGAGGGAGAGAUUCUCCACGUGCCCUCAGGAUGGUGGCAUCUGGUCGUGAACAUCGAGCCGUCUAUCGCCAUUACCCAGAACUUCAUUCCUCGCGCGCAUCUGAGCGCUGCCCUGGACUUCCUGUCCAACAAGGCGGAUCAGGUCUCUGGGUUCAGGAAAGAUGUACACAAUCCUUACGAAAGAUUCCUGGCUAAAAUGCAGGAACAGCAUCCCGAACUGCUGCAGCAAGCGCAAGAGGAGUUGAGGAAGAAGACAGACGGCAAAAAGCGGAAGUGGGAUGAAAUUGUUCAUGGGAAAGCAGACGAAGAAGGACCCGAGGCUGGCGAGGGUGGUGGGUUUAGCUUUGGAUUUGGAGCUGACGACAGCGACAUCGAGGUCCCUUGA